AUGUCCCUGCGAGCCGACGCCUCGGAGUCAGGGGGAGUGGUGGUGGAGUACGAAUCGGAGGAUGUCAGGGAGCCAAGCAUCAAAAGGUCUUGGAGUCAACCAGGCUCAGCGCUCAUCUAUCUGAGGGGACCCAAGUUCCUGAUCUAUGUCAGUGGAGCUUUAUCGAUGUGGGGGGACCGCAUGUGGCACUUUGCCAUCUCCGUCUUCCUCAUUGAGCUGUACGGCCGCAACCUGCUGCUCACGGCCGUGUUCGGCCUGGUGGUGGCCGGCUCAGUGCUCCUGGUGGGAGCUCUGAUCGGAGACUGGGUCGAUCGCAACCCCAGGAACAAGGUCGCACAUGCCUCCCUCUUUAUUCAGAACGUUUCAGUGACCGUGUGUAGCAUAGUGCUCAUGCUGGUGUUCUCAUACAAGCAGUGGAUCGAACAGAUUUGGGAUGGUUGGCUUACUGUGGUUUGUUAUACGGUGGUGAUCGUCCUGGCAGAUGUGGCUAACCUUGCGAGCACUGCCCUGACCAUCGCCAUUCAGAGGGACUGGAUCGUGGUCAUCACGGGAUACAACCGCGGACACCUGGCUGGGAUGAACGCCACAAUGAGGCGGAUCGACCAGGUGACCAACAUCCUGGCUCCGUUGGCGGUGGGGCAGGUCAUGACGCUGGCCUCCAACGUGGUGGGGUGCGGCUUCAUCCUGGGCUGGAACGUGGUGUCCCUCAUAGUGGAGUUCUUCUUCCUGUCCCGCGUGUACCGCAUCGUGCCGGCCCUGUCGGUGAAGCCCCCGGGCGCAGACGUGGAGGAGGCCUGUCUUCAGGGUGGGGCGCGGAGGCGGACGCACGGUACACCCCGCAGUAGACCGCCUCCCAGAGGGACCCAGGCGCUGCGCGAGGAGCCCAGCGAGCGCAGCCUCAGCCUGAAGGCCGUCGCCGGGCUGCCCCUCUGCUUCCAGAGGCUGCGGCAGCUGCUGAGCACCUGCCGGGACGGCUGGACGGCGUACUACCAGCAGGACGUGUUCCUGGCCGGCAUGGGCCUGGCCUUCCUGUACACCACCGUGCUGGGCUUCGACUGCAUCACCACGGGCUACGCCUACACCCAGGGCAUCAGCGGCUCGCUGCUCAGCCUGCUGAUGGGCGUGUCCGCCAUCACGGGCCUCAUGGGCACCGUGAUGUUCACCAAGCUGCGCAAGGCGUACGGCCUGGUCAACACGGGCGUCAUCUCCAGCUGCCUGCACCUGGGCUGCCUGCUGCUGUGCGUGUGCUCGGUGUUCGCCCCCGGCAGCCCCAUGGACCUGCGGCUGCUCAUGGCGUACGCCGACAACAGCUCCGCGUCCUCGCCGGCCGCGCCCGGCGACGGCGACGGCCGGAUGGCGAGCCAGAGGGAGAAGCACUCCUACCCCCUGGGGGGCGGCAGCAACCAGCCGCUGCUGCCCGACCGCUCCUCCAUCCACUGGACCAACAACACGGUGCUGUUCGACAACGUGCCCUCGGGCACCGCGCCCGAGUCCUACGUCUCCAUCAUCCUGCUGUUCCUCGGGGUCAUCACGGCACGCGUCGGCCUGUGGUCCUUCGACCUCACGGUGACGCAGCUCCUCCAGGAGAGCAUCUGUGAGUCGGAGCGGGGCGUGGUCAACGGGGUGCAGAGCUCCAUGAACUACCUGAUGGACCUGCUGCACUUCAUCAUGGUCAUCGCCGCGCCGCAGCCCCAGCACUUCGGCAUCCUGGUCAUCAUAUCCGUGCUGUUCAUCACCGCCGGCCACACCAUGUACUUCCUGUACGCACGCAAGGCCAAGAGGAAGAGCCGACAGCGGCGAGACACGUAG